CCGUCUUUCUUCUCAUUCUACCGGCCUCAUUCUAACUUCACCAUCCUUUCAUUUCCUCAUCUCACUCCAUCUUUCUCUCCCUCCUACUCCAUCUUCCUCUUCCUCUUUUUCUCUCUAUCUGUCACAGCGCGCACAUAAUAACGAUACUGGACAGAGAGCAGACACAAACCAUCACAACCCCGUGAGAGAAAAAGUAUCCUGGCCAUGAGUCAUCCCAGCCCCCAUAUCGAUAAGGUCUCUAUCCUUGGCCAGGAGACUAUCUGCCUUGGAUUCCACAUCUUCGACUAUCUCGUUCGCGAUACUCUCUCGAACUUCAAGGCAUCCACCUACGUUAUUGUCACAGACACCCACCUUCAAAAACUUUAUCUCGAUCGAUUCCAAUGCACUUUUAAUAAGAUCGCCAAAGAACUUGCUCACGAUGCACCACUGCCUCGUCUCCUGACUUAUGUGAUCCCUCCUGGAGAGAACUCAAAGUCAAGAGCCGUAAAAGCCGAGAUUGAAGACUACUUCCUCGCUCAGGGAUGCACGCGUGACACUUUGGUGUUUGCUAUGGGUGGAGGCGUCAUUGGCGAUCUGGUUGGCUUCGUAGCUGCUACUUUUAUGCGCGGUAUCCCCUUUGUCCAGAUUCCUACCACAUUGCUUGCCAUGGUCGAUUCCUCUAUUGGGGGCAAAACUGCGAUUGACACUCCACAGGCCAAGAACUCAAUCGGCGCCUUCUGGCAGCCCAAGCGUAUCUUCAUUGAUCUAGCCGUCCUCGAAACCCUACCAGAACGUGAAUUUGUUAAUGGCAUGGCCGAGGUAAUCAAAACUGCAGCCAUCUGGAACGAGAGUGACUUUGUGCUGCUCGAGAAUGGCGCAGAAGCCAUUCGCGACGCUGUGCUGAAGCCCGUUCGCAAUGUCGAGUUCCAAGGCGCAACGUUAGAAACACGUACACCAGCCCAACAAUUGCUCCUCAAGGUCGUUAUGGCGUCAGUCGCAGUCAAGUCAUAUGUAGUCACUCAUGACGAGCGCGAAACAGGGAUGCGUGGCCUGCUUAAUUUUGGACAUUCGAUUGGACAUGCCAUUGAAGGUCUUGUUACACCCAAGCUACUUCACGGAGAAUGCGUUGCCAUUGGUAUGAUUAAGGAAGCUGAAAUCGCUCGCCACUGUGGAUAUCUCUCUCAGGUUGCAGUUGGUCGUCUAUCUCGUUGUAUUCAGGCUUACGGUUUGCCCAUCACCAUGGAGGAUAAGUUUGUCAAGAACCAUAUUGGAAACCAGUACUGCACCGUUGAUGAAUUGAUGCAAGUUCUACGUGUUGACAAGAAAAAUAUGGGUAGCCAGAAACGCAUUGUUAUGUUGUCUGGAAUCGGAAAGACAUUGGAACAGAAGCCUACUAAUAUCUCGGAUGAUAUUAUUCGUAAAGUUUUGGCUGGCUCCACUAUCGUCCAUCCACGUCCUAUCAAUGUUCCGCCAGUUACGCUUUCGCCUCCCGGAUCAAAGUCCAUCUCCAACAGAGCUUUAGUCCUGGCCGCAUUGGGAAAGGGGACCUGUCGCUUGACUGGACUGCUUCAUUCGGAUGAUACUCAGGUUAUGCUGACUGCGUUGACCAAACUUGGAGCAGCCACGUUUGAGUGGGAAAAUAAUGGCGACACCCUUGUUGUGCAUGGAAAUGGUGGGAAAAUGCACAUUCCUGAUUCAGAGCUCUACAUGGGGAACGCUGGAACUGCUGCUCGCUUCUUGACGACUGUCAGUGUCCUUGUCCCUCCAUCCACUAUCCCUGGUCAAAAGACUAUUCUUACUGGCAAUUCAAGAAUGAAGCAGAGGCCGAUCGCGCCGUUGAUUGAUGCUUUAACCACCAAUGGCUCCGAACUCAAGUAUCUCGAAACCAAGGGCUGCCUCCCUUUGGAAGUCACACCUUUUAGUCAUGGUCUCGCUGGAGGAGAGAUUCAGCUAGCUGCAUCAAUCUCGUCUCAAUAUGUAUCUUCGAUUUUGCUCUGUGCCCCAUAUGCCACCAAGGAGCCAGUAACACUGGUCUUAACUGGAGGACAGGUCAUCUCUCAGCCUUAUAUCGAUAUGACGAUUGCCAUGAUGAAGUCUUUUGGCAUCACAGUCGAGGCUCUCCCUAACAAUACUUAUCGUAUCCCUCAGGGUACGUAUGUUAAUCCUGCAGAAUACCUUGUCGAAGCUGAUGCCUCCUCGGCUACCUAUCCAUUGGCAAUUGCAGCUAUUACUGGCACCACAUGCACUGUCCCUAACAUUGGAUCGACUUCACUUCAAGGCGACGCUGGCUUUGCUGUCAAUGUCCUUCGCCCAAUGGGCUGUACGGUCGUGCAGACUGAGACGUCAACCACAGUGACUGGUCCUCCUAUCGGCACUUUGAGGCCUUUACCUCACAUUGAUAUGGAGACCAUGACAGACGCCUUCUUGACAGCAUCAGUUCUAGCUGCAGUGACCCAGCCUGCGACCUCUGGUGGUAAUAAUGUGACCAAGAUUAGUGGUAUUGCCAACCAACGUGUCAAGGAAUGUAACCGUAUUGCAGCAAUGAUGCAUGAGCUUGGCAAGUUUGGUGUAGUGACUUCUGAGUUUGACGAUGGCAUCAUUGUUCAUGGACAUGACAUCGCCUCCUUAUCACCACCUAAGGAUGGUGUCAAGUGCUAUGAUGACCACCGAGUUGCAAUGUCAUUUAGUGUCUUGGCCAACGUCAUUCCUGGAGGCACCAUUAUCCGAGAAAAGAAGUGUGUGGAGAAGACAUGGCCUACAUGGUGGGAUGAUCUUGAGAACAAACUGGGUGGCCGUACAUCCGACAUUGAUCUCGGCCCUCCUUCAGAACACCAUGAUUAUGAAGUCAAGUCAUCACCAUCACCAUCACCAUCAGCUAGCAGCAACAAAAAGAAUAUUGUACGCAAUGCUAGGAAUAAUGCCACGAUUGUAGUGAUCGGCAUGCGUGGCGCUGGGAAGACAUCGAUGGGUCGCUUUGCUGCCAAGGCUUUAAAGCGCCCGUUUGAGGAUGUUGAUCAAUACUUUGAGAAGACCCUUUCGACAACUAUUCCAGAAUUUAUUAAGGAGCAUGGAUGGGCAGCUUUCCGAGAGAAGGAGGCCAAGAUGUUAGUUGAAUUAUUGGUAAAACAUCCAAGUGGGUAUGUGAUUUCAUGUGGUGGUGGCAUUGUCGAGACGGCAUCUUCACGUGAGGCUUUUAAGAAUUAUGCCGCCGAAGGUGGAAUUGUCUUACAUUUGGUCCGCAAUAUCAAUGAAAUCGAGGCAUACCUUAACAGGGAUACAUCAAGACCCAUGUACGGCGAGUCAAUGCGAGACGUUUGGGCUCGUCGCGAAGGAUGGUACCGCGAAUGCUGUAACUAUGAGUUCGUUGUGGCUGGUCAACAACUGAAAGGUAUCGAAGCCGAAGAUGCCAAAGAGUGGGCACUGGUCGAGUCUAAUUUUGAGAGGUUCUUAAAGGUGAUCUUGACCAACAAGAGUAGUAAGCAUGCGAACCGAGCUCAAGUUGUUGCUACACCGACAUUCUUCCUUUCACUGACCUUCUCGGAUAUCAGCCCAGCACUACCACACUUGUCUAAACUGACGCUUGGUUCAGACGCCAUUGAGCUCCGUGUAGAUCUUUUGAGGGCACCGGAAAAAUCUGGUAUCUCCUUCCGUGACCACGUUGCGCAGCAAGUCUCGCUGCUUCGUCGUCAUUCUGAUCUUCCCAUCCUUUUCACUGUGCGCUCCGUAUCACAAGGUGGACUGUGGCCCGAUAGUGAUGUGCACGGCAUGAUCUCACUUCUGAACGAUGGGCUCGGGUGGGGUGUUGAAUACCUGGAUAUUGAAAUUGGCCUUCCCCGCAACGAGAUUGACGAAGUCUUGGCCGGAAGGGGCAAUACUCUUAUCGUAGCUUCGUGGCAUGAUGUUAAAGGCACUGUAGCCUGGUCUUCUGACGCUAUGGAAAACCAGUACAUGCUCGCCAAGUCUAUCUCGCCCGACGUGAUCAAGUUGAUUGGCGCCGCGAAUUCGAUGAAGGGUAACUUUGAGUGUUCUGAAUUCGCAGCACGCCAUACCGCUAAAACGGAUGAUUUGCCGUUAAUUUCUAUGAACAUGGGUGCUCAAGGUCAGCUCUCUCGUAUCCUUAACAACUAUUUAACACCUGUUACUCACAAGCUGUUACCUGUAAAGGCAGCCCCUGGUCAGCUCAGUGCUCACGAGAUUUUAAUUGCUCGUCACAUCGCAGGUCUUCUUCCUGCAAAGCAGUUCUAUUUGUUUGGCACACCCAUCAGCCAGUCCCUCUCGCCAUUGAUGCACAACACGUCCUUCCAAUCCUUGGGUUUGCCAUACACCUAUGGCCUGCAUGAGACAGCCACUGUUGAUGAGUCUGUUGUCGCCAAGAUGCGUUCAGCUGAUUUUGGAGGAGCCAGCGUAACGAUCCCUCACAAGAUCGAGAUCAUGUCAAAAUUGGAUGAGAUCACAGACGAAGCCAAGGCCAUUGGCGCAGUCAAUACCAUCGUUCCUAUCGUGGACAGGCAAGGCAAGACUAUCUUGGUUGGAGACAACACUGAUUGGCUAGGUAUUUACUAUCAGAUCGUUCGUAACCUCAGCUCGACGACGACCAUUCACCCUCAGAACAUGAGCGGCCUUGUCAUUGGUGCUGGUGGCACGUCGCGUGCAGCUCUGUAUGCGCUUUAUCGUCUUGGUGUCCAAGAAAUCUCGAUUUUUAACCGCACAAUGGUCAAAGCUCAAGCUGUGGCAGACUCGUUCAAGAAUUUGUUUACAGUCAAGAUUUUGAGCGCCAACGAGUUGUUGAAAAAUGACGAUGGAGCUGGUACAGGUUUUGAUCUGAUUAUUUCUACUGUCCCAGGCACGAUUGAUUCAAGCGCCAUGUUUGAUGACUCUAUAUUUGGAAGCAUAAGUGAGAAGGACAAGAAGGGGGUUGCUGUGGAAUUGGCUUACACACCUCGCUUUACGCGCUUCCUGAAGUUGGCAGCUCAGGCUGGUUGGGCCACUGUUGAAGGGGGACAGGUGCUGGUGGAGCAAGGAGGGUGGCAGGCACUCAAGUGGGUUGGACGAAAGUGGGAUCUAGAGAGUGUUCUCACGCAGAUGGAUCUCGUUCAGGCUGGCCGUGAGUGAGGAGGGG